GGGAGCCCCUCCCCCGCAGGCACGCGGAACGCGGUGCUCAACACGGAGGCGCGCACCAUCGACGCGGACGUGCUGAGCCGCCGCUGCGUGCUCAUGCGGCUGCUGGACUUCUCCUACGAGCGCUACCAGCGGGCCCUGCGCCUCGCCCAUCCCUGCGUCCACGUCUGGGGUCCCCCUCUCCCAAGCCAGAAGUCCCCUGAAUGUGUGUCUUUCUCACAGCAAUUCAUGGAGAUUGAGCCCGAGAUGCUGGCCAUGGAGACCAUUGUUCCUGUGUACUUCGCCGUGGAGGAUGACGCCCUGCUCUCCAUCUAUGAGCAGACGCAGGCCGCGUCUGCCUCCCAGGGCUCCGCCUCGGCCGCCGAAGUGCUGCUACACACCGCCACCGCCAACGGCUUCCAGAUGGUCACCAGCGGGGUCCAGAGCAAGGCCGUGAGUGACUGGCUCAUCACCAGCGUGGAGGGGCGGCUGACUGGGCUGGGUGGAGAGGACCUGCCCACCAUCGUCAUUGUGGCCCACUACGACGCCUUCGGGGUGGCCCCGUGGCUGUCGCACGGUGCGGACUCCAACGGGAGCGGCAUCUCUGUGCUGCUGGAACUCGCCCGGCUCUUCUCCAGGCUCUACACCUACAAGCGCACCCAUGCCGCGUACAACCUCCUAUUCUUUGCUUCCGGAGGAGGAAAGUUCAACUACCAGGGCACCAAGCGCUGGUUGGAAGACAACCUGGACCACACAGAUUCCAGCCUGCUGCAGGACAACGUGGCCUUCGUCCUCUGCCUGGACACCGUGGGCCGGGGGGACAGCCUGCACCUGCAUGUGUCCAAGCCACCCAGGGAGGGGACGCUGCAACACGCCUUCCUGCGGGAGCUUGAGACGGUGGCUACCCACCAGUUCCCGGAGGUGCGGUUUUCCAUGGUGCACAAGAAGAUCAACCUGGCGGAGGACAUCCUGGCCUGGGAGCACGAGCGCUUCGCCAUCCGCCGGCUGCCUGCCUUCACCCUGUCCCACCUGGAGAGCCACCGUGAUGGCCAGCGCAGCAGCAUCAUGGACGUGCGGUCCCGGGUUGACUCUAAAACCCUGACCCGAAACACAAGGCUCAUCGCAGAGGCCCUGACCCGCGUCAUCUACAACCUGACGGAGAAGGGCACCCCCCCGGACAUGCCGGUCUUCACGGAGCAGAUGCAGAUCCAGCAGGAGCAGCUGGACUCGGUGAUGGACUGGCUCACCAACCAGCCCCGGGCCGCGCAGCUGGUGGACAAGGACGGCACGUUCCUCAGCACGCUGGAGCACUACCUGAGCCGCUACCUGAAGGAGGUGAAGCAGCACCACAUCAAGGCUGACAAGCGGGACCCUGAGUUUGUCUUCUACGACCAGCUGAAACAGGUGAUGAACGCCUACAGGGUCAAGCCAGCCAUCUUCGACCUGCUCCUGGCCGUCUGCAUCAGCGCCUACCUCGGGAUGGCCUACACGGCAGUCCAGCACUUCGACCUCCUGUACAAAAGUGUUCAGAGACUGCUGAAGGCCAAGACACAGUGACCUCUGGCCGCGGCCCUCCCCGCUCUUCCCCGCUCAGCGCCAGCAGGAGGCGGGGCCGCACCCCCUGGGCGGCUGCAACCCUGAAUUACAGAGCUUUUCUGUGUUGCUCUUAAGGAUCUGGGGGCUGCUUUCUCAUUUUUGUCCCUCAAGCUCCCUUGGAGGAGCAUCAGUGGCGGUCUGGGGCCAGGCCAUGGACUUGGGGACAAGCGCAUGGACGAGCUCCUGGCCCCGGAGUUGGCCCCACGGCCCUCAGGGCGUGCAAACCACUCAAGGAAAAGAGGGGACAGGCCCAGUGCAGCCACGGCGUGACCCAUGGCUGUGACGCUGGCCGCGGACCGAGUGGUCUGACCUUGACACCGUCCCCACCCCUCAAGUGACUCGGAUACCCCCUCCCUCCUGCCUGGAGACAGCACCUCCGCCUCUGGGUCUCUGGGUUCCAGCCCUUCCCUUGGAAGCCUUGUGCCCAAACCCCAGCCGGGAGGAGGCAGCCAGCUCAGGGCAGCCUUGUGAUGGGACCGCCCUGAAGACCCGGCAACCUCCCUGCCUCCAGCCUCCCACCUCCCAGUCCGGCCCUCACACUGCUCACCCUGCUUCUUGCCACCUCUGCCCCACGCCACCCUGUGGGGCCCGCCGCUCCCCCAGCUGUCUCCUCCCUGCCCGGGCUCUCUACGCUCCGCCCUCAGCCUGUCCCCGGGAUGGGUGCCUGCAGAGUCCCCAGGGUGGAGAGGUGGCCCCUCUGCUCCUUUCUCUGGUCCUCAGUUUCCUUACCUGUAAGGAGGAGGAUGUGUUUGGGGGGAGUGGGUGCCCCCACAUCCCUGGAGGGAUGUCCAGGUUGGGGGUCAAGAGAGGAGUGACUGCGGGCGCAGCUCUUCCCAGAACCCGGUGGGGGCAGGUCUGGGCCUGAGCCCCACAAACCAGGCACCUUGUGGGGCAUGAGCCCCUCGCUGGGGAGGGGAGAGGGGGGUGGGACCGACCUCAGGGAGACCCAGGUGUACCGAUUCAUUAGCAAUAUACUCAGUCAAGUGGUAAGUGCUGGGGCCCAGUGUCCGGGAGGAGGGACUCCCGGGCGGGCCUGGCACCUGCCUCCUCCGGCCACCAGAGAGGUCUCGCCCACCUUCCAGUCCUGAGGGGCCUGUGGGGGCAGGCAGCCGACUGGCUCGCUGCUCACUGGAGGGAACGGGCUCCCUGGGGCCGUGACUCCCAGCUGAGCUGAUGGGGCCUGGGAGAGGGGCAGGCAUGGAGGCUGCAGGUCCUCCUCUGCCUCCUCCCCCUGCCGCCACUGGGUGGCUCGUCUCCUCCAGAGACUAUUUACCGCGUGCCUGGCCACCUCUGGGGCGGACGCGGGGCCGGAGUCUGCGCAUCCUCCCGCAGCAUGUGAGUGUGUGAGCCAGUGGAUGUGCUGGCGGGAGCGUUCGGAGCGCAAGUCAUUCCUCCCCUUCCCCAGGGCGGGUCAGGACCGCUGAUCAGUCAGAGUUCAGGCUGGUCAUGGGGCGCAGCCGGAUGAUCAGAAAUAAAGCCAUAUGAACGACA